GCUGAAGGUAGUGCAGGAGUGCUCGGGUGGUUAGUGAAAUGUUGUUUUUAGAGUGUUUCACCGCAAGUUCUUAACAUAUCUGUUGCGUGUAGGUUUUAAUCUACUGAAGAAAGUGUCGUCGGCAACGGGUGGUUCCGACACGGGGUGCCCGUAUAGAAUUUAGAUGUAAAGUGUGUGGCUGAGCAGCCCGAGGCAGGCAGGCGGCAAUGCCACUGGUGCAGCGGCUGAUCGAACCUGUGCACGUGUCCCGGGGCACCUUGCCCCUGGAUGCAAGAGGUGCUCCUGCAGUACAGGUUCCUAGUGAGCUUGAAUGUGUGACCAACGGCUCCUUGGCCAAUGUCGUGCGGCAGUUAUCAUCGCUGUCCAAGCAUGCACACGACCUCUUUGGUGCCCUGUUCCAAGAUGCCACAGCCCUGGUCACCCGAGCGGCAGCCCUCCAGGAGAGGGUUGACCGGCUCGCUCUCAAGGUCACCCAGUUGGAUUCAACGGUGGAAGAAGUGUCGCUGCAAGACAUACACAUGCGCAAGGCAUUCCGCAGCUCCAUAGUGUACGACCAGCAGGUGGUGUGUCGAGGAACCAUGCCAGCAGGCAUGCUCGAGAUGUACCAAGCAUGUGACAAGCCACCGCCCCUGGACAAGCUGAAUCCAUACAGGGAUGAUGGAAAAGAUGGUCUCAAGUCAUACACAGACCCCGGCUAUUUCUUUGAGCUCUGGAGGCGGGAAAUGCUCAAGGACACAGAAAGGAUAAUGCUUGACAGGGGCAAGAAACCCAACCGAGUUCGGCCCGAAGGCAAGAAGCACAAGAAGGUGCGGCAACCCCACAACACUCGGGAACGCUACCGCCAGCUGGCCACAACGCAGGAGUUUCUGGACCACACGCCCAUCUAUGGGACUACCACUCCGUACAACAACGCCAGGGCACCUGCACCAGGGGUGCCCCUGCCUCACGUUCCACUGCAACAGCAGCCGCAGGCACCGCCUGCCACGCUGCCUGACGGGCCCGUGCGCCCCAGCAGCCUUGAGCUGGCACCCGGCGCCCACUAUCCGCCUCCCCCGCCCGCCUACUCUGAGCACGUGCCGCCACAGUCGCCGAACCACUACCCACCGCCACCACCUUAUGUGGAGCAGCAGCCCGCACCCUCGCCAGCCAAUGGAAAUGGAACGCCGUCACGCAGGCCUCGCCCCAGCCAGCCACCUCCAGCCCCGCCCACAGCAGGCUCCGUCUCCAGUGGGACUUCUUCGCCAAGCAUCACAGGAGGCACCCCAUCAAGUGGGGCCAGUCGCCAUCGGACGGCAAGCCAAAGGGAAACCCUUCCACCGCCACCGCCACCUCCCGAAGCUGGGGGCCCCAUUGUCCCCUGCGCUAUGGAGGCUCCGCCACCUCCAGUGCACCAGGCCAGUGUGGACAAUGGAGCCGACAACAUGGAACUUCCUCCGCCGCCGCCGGCGCCCGAUUCUGCGAUGGACUCUGCAGUGGGAGCUGGUGUGGCUGUGGCUCCACCUCCUCCACCGCCACCCCUGCCUCCACCCAAUGGGGUCACGGCGGCCCCGGCAAUGGUCAAUGGAGGCCUGUCCAACGGCAUGUUGGCAGAGUCUGAAAGCUCUGGCUCCAGCAAAGGAGGGGUCCAGAAGGAAGAAAGGGCAGCGCCUGCCCCUGUCAAAGGAACAACUCCGGCACCACCGACAGAUCCGAGAAGUGACCUGUUGGCUGCGAUCAGAGAAGGCAUCAAGCUACGACGAGUAGAAGACUUCAAGCAGAAGCAGGUGGAGAAAGCAGCACAACCUCACGAUGUGGCCUCCAUUUUGGCCAGGAGGGUGGCUAUUGAGGUGUCCGACUCGGACUCCGGCUCAGACAGUGAAUAUGAUAGUGACUGGGACAAUGAGACAGAAUGCUGAGGGCACAGUGAAGAUGGUUUGUCGUCAGUGCUGUGAGGAGCUCGCUCGUCGCAGCUGUCCAUGGAGGAUGGGGAGGGAGUGUUGCCUGUGCAUUUGCUAGUCUGGUGUGGCCACAAGUCUUUCCUGAGGUGUGCAUGCUUCACCGAAAGCUGCUCAGGUUGAAGAGUGUGGCAGAUAACUCGUUCAGUAUUCUUAACGUCCACUGCCUGGUGCUUGGCAGCGGUUUUAUUUUGUGUCGCCCUGUGCAUUAUUAGGUCAUUGGCCUUCUUGGGGCGAGGGCAAGAACAGGGAAGGAAACUGAUAUCGCAUUCCAAAAUUUUUAUUAUGCCUGCGUACGGAGAAAAUGGUGGCUCAUCGAUGAGAGCCAUCAUGAAACUUUAUUACAAAUGCUCUUCUCAUAGCAGCGUGCUCUCCAAGCUGCGGGAAAGAAACUGCAAUAUGUUGAUGUGUUUAUGCGAGAAUGUGUUGCUCUGCUAUCUCUCUGCUGAGGGUGUCUUAGUGUUUUUAUCAAUUGCGCUUCUCAGUUUAACACUUUUUGAAGUUAUAGUAUUGAAAGCCUGUCACUGAGUAAGCGAAAACUAAUCUUUGCAUAAUCAAGUUUUUAAGUGUUUAGUGGUACAGGAAGUCAUCGGCCUCUCUCCUGCUUUGACGUUGAAAAAUUGCUGUUUUGGUUGUGCUUUUUAAGUGCUACAAUACCUUUCCAGAAUGCCAAAGAUAGGUUGGAGUUGCACUCUUUAUUUCCUUCUUUUUUUCUUUUUAACUUAGGUUUCAUUUUUACUGCUGUUUUUAAAACAGUCACCCCCUGCCAUAAUUGCUUGCGUGUUGGCUACAAUGGAAUGUAUUGAAAUCGAAACAUGUAACAUGGGACGGUUACUUAGUGCUGCUUCGCUAUGCACUAAGUUGUACUGGAACGUUAAGGGGCCCUCUCUCCAAUUUUUUUUUUUAAGUUUAAGGUGUUUCGUCGUCGGUAGUUUAGCCCACUUACAAGUGUUCCCAAGCAUUUAGUUUUAUUUUGAGAGGAUGAGGAGACUGCUUUCGCAGUCUCAAUAGUGCUCGGCAGGGAAGCGGGGCUGCGUUAAAUAUCGGGCUGCGAGUGUGCUACCUGUACAGCAGCAGUUGUGGCCUCGUGUGUUCGGGAGUCUGGAGGGUUGCUGGCCAGAUGUGGAGUUGCGGCAUGCACGAGCAGAGUUGUGUAACUUGCCUUUCCACUCGCUGAGCAGUGUCAUGGUGUUGGAAAACAACCAUGCUCUGAGGAGAAGCCAGCAUUAAGGCGAAACUAAAAUGGCCAUUGUCCCAGUGCAGGUUAAGCAACUUGUUUGCUUACAAAGCUGCUUUCAGAUUUGUUCUUUUUUUGUUUGUUUGGUGUAAACUGUGUAAAAAUUUUGUGGUUGUUGCCAUUUGUAGUUCUAUCUUAUUGGCAUGUUUCAACAGAUGGCGACACUGUAUUUUGCAUGACGAAGGAUACUGUGUUAGGCUGUCUCGGCAUAUGCAACAGGACGCAGUUGCCGACUGACAUUUAGAGCGCAGUUCUUAGACACCCAUUCCUACAUUGAGCAUCGGCAUAACUGAGUGAACGAGCACAGCGAAGGAUGAAAGAGCGAGCGCAGAGUGCAGCAGGGGAUGAGACAGCGAUAAGAAAAAGAACGCGAGGAGAAGGGCGGAAGAGGAGGGUGAAGUGAAACCAUGAUAACCGCAUCGUCUGUUUUACUGGUGAUGCCAUCGAUAAGGCAUGUGGCAAGCGCGUCCACCGGUACCAUAUAUAAAAACAAAGUGCUGCAUGAGCGGAGGCCUGCCGCGGCAGUUGCUGCGAAUGACGCCCGCACGUCACUCAUGCGCUGCCUCUGGCAAUCUCCUAAUCAGGGAGGUAGUCGUGCCACACUUUGCUUCGUUUGCAACUUGUCGCACGAGACAGAUUGUCCACACCAGCCGAUAUAGUAUUGCGAAAUGAAACACGUAUAGAGCUGCGCUUGUAUAUCGUAUUAGGGGGUAUCGUAAUGGCUGGUGAAAAUUUGAAACACAUAGGGAAGUGUGCAAGUAUCCGAUAAACAGGCAGAUAGAAAAAUGGAGUUUGAAGCAACACAUUGCUUCCUUUUUUUUUCCGUGUCUGCAGUACAAAAGCUUGUGACAUUUUCCUGAUGUAAUGCUUUAUUGAAAUAGCUGCUUGAAAUUCUGUAAUAGCCAAGGCCAUGGGAUUGUGCUGCAUUUGGCCGUUGGUUCGGCACUAGUGCGCUUGUAUGCUAGCCUGAUCUGUGUUGUGCACUGUCGCCAAUUACGGAUGCUGCUUACAACCUUUUUGAUUGCACAAUAGUAGCAAUUUAAGCGGUGUUGCACUAAACAAGUUAGGGGCUUUUUAUUUACACGUCAGUUUUCACUGUUGCAGCCUUUAAACGCUCAGACUAACUUUGUAGGCACUGCCAGGGCUCCUGGAUAUUUGCUUGUGGGCUUGUGCACCCUUUCUCUGUUGCUGUCGCAUUAGACUCUGUGAUUAAAUUCAAGCCCAGUAACCAUAGAAAAUGUAUUAGUAGCAACUUUCUGCAAAGGCUUGUUUUUUGUCGUCAGGUUGACUGGCGACUAAUUUCGGCAUGGCUGCGCUAUGUUAGCAAGUCUAACCAGAGCUCUUUCGUCGGGAGCUGGUAAUGACAAGUUAAGCUUCAGUGUCAAGUCAAAGAUUGUGUUGAAGGAGCCAGACAGUAUUGGAAAGCCAAGAAAUCACGCCAAGAAAAGCAGGAGUUUGGGCGACAAUCUAAUUCUCAACUACCGUGUUUGCGACAUCACACAGAUGUUUGAAAAAUUUUGCACGACAGCUGAAAUUUUCAUUGAUUUACUGUAGUAUGUUAGCUCUAUAGGUUGUGUAGUGGUGCCAUGGGUAGGUUAGUAAACUCUCAUGUUGGGAAAAUCGGGUGUCCAAAAAGUGCAUGGGGGACUUUAUUUCUAUUUGUUGUAGACAGAUUGAGCAAUUGCUGUUGAUCAAGUGUGUUCGGUUUGAAGCGGUGAUGGCACAAGCACCUUGGAUUACUUUGUUAAGCGUGUCUUUAUUGCCGGUAUUGUGUCGAGUCUGAGUCCUCCGAGCAUGGAAAGUGUUGUUUUCCCUCACAACAGUAUUCAGUUUUAUGCACAAUAUGUUAGGCUUUCACUUAACUCAGCUCCUACUGGUCGCUUACUUAGCAAUGCUGGACAUGUGGACGUCAGUGUGUCUUGUCAGAACAAAGAAGAUAAAUGUACAUUGCACAAUUUCUUUAGGAACACUAGCUCGGGAAAGCGACAUGCAGAAAUGGGAGUGGCGGCUAUACUACAUUUGCUUUCAAGUGGUGCAAUUCCUGGGCCUAUUCUUGCAAAUCACCGAACUGAGAAUGUAUUCUGGGUCGAUCACUUACGAGGAGACUUGGUUACUUUUGCCUGACAACGUCCGGCGCAGUACCUCUUUGGAGCGACGAAUAUCCCGUCCACUGGUUUAUCUAAUGAAUGUGCGCUGGAAGUAACUUCCCUGAAAGCGAUCGGCCAGGAAUUGUGGCCCCCUAGGGCCACUAACAAUAUUCUCAGAUGACGACAAAAUUAUUAUGCAUUGGAAUGUGAUGUACAUGAGACACCAUUCACGUGAAUGAAAUUUUAGGUCUGCGUGUUUAUAGCACAGGGCUUGGAAAAGUGCGAGAAGUGCCCAGGAUUGUGAAGCAGCUUCCUGUGAACUGUUACCCAGUUCAUGCAUUGUCUCUGCUUGUGAGCAUUGUGCCGAAAGAGAGAAGCGAGACCUUUGCCAAUCUUGUCAGGCUGCCACCGUCGCACUGCACAACACCACUUUGUGUUCCCAAGUGUGUAGAAGCCCACUUUCGGGGUGUUGCAUGUGUCAUAACAUUGGGCUUCUCUUACUCGGAUGCUGGGUGGUCGAGUCCAGUACGUUGGAUUCGUAGCACAGAUUUGAAUGUUAUAUGUAGCGCGAUCUCCGGCUCCAAAUGACAUGGAAAAAAAAAGAAUACAGGAAACAUUUGUUAUAUUCGUGCAGACAUAGUUCAUUCAGGUAGCACAACUUGUUGCACUGAUUGAUGAGUUUGUUUCAAGUGGGCUCAGCUGUAAAUGAUAGCACCUCAAAAAGCAGACCAUCCUGCUCCUGCCUGUAAGGUAACAAUUGUAAGGCCUGCUCCUACUUGCGCUCUGAUGUCCGGUCUUGCCCUUGAGGACUAUUGGUCUGUGUUUCGAUGUCUACCCAGUGUCUGUGUUUAUGGUUGUGUCUUGAUUGCGAUGUUGCUUGCUCAUCUGUAGCAUUGAACAGUCUUUCUGCUGUAUGGGGCUUUCUUAGUUUUCUUUUUUUUCUCAGUUUGCGAUACCCUGUGCCAAACAAAGCCCCAGUGCAGGGCAUGCGAGUGUUCUAUGCCAAAUCAUUUGAACCCUUUUAUUGACAUACUUCAGUUUUGUUUUUAAUUCACCUUGUUGCGAAUCCUUCACUUUUUUUUCCCUACCUGUUGCAAUCUUGACACUGGAUAGGUGUCAGAAUCUGGCUAAGGCCUGUUUCACGUGCUAAAAAUUGUCAGCUGCAUUGGUUGUGACAGCGUGUCUUCCUCAGCUGAGGCCGCGGUGCAUCAUAUAAGCAUGCAUUCACUGCUGGGGAGAGUGGCAGUUGAUGCGGCGGCGUCGUGUUUGAAGCUGUAAAUGUAGAAUAAACAUUCUGCUUAGCUGGUGCCCUUUUUAAGACCAAUUCACUUUGAGGAAUAGCAGUAUGUGAAGCAGGCUUUAGCCAGAUUCCAUAUAAUCAGUUGUGCUAACACUUUCGAUGCACAUAGUUACUGGCAUGUAUGCUUAAAGGGUGACAAACAGCUAAAAAACAGUUGUAGGAGUUGGUUCUGUAGGCUCCCUGCAUCGACUUUCUCCUUUUCAAGUCAUGGCAAGCUUGAAGGUAAAAUGAUUUUGCCAUUGCACGAGGGACCGCCUAGUAUCAACCUGAGCGGCUGUAUAGCUGCAGCUGAUGUCUUUGUCAGGCCCUAACGCUACUAUUGCUCAAGAGAUGGUUGAAGCAUGGGUGUUGCCGCAGCUGUCUCACGCGUGCCUAUUUGCGAGAGCAGGCUUACGUCUUGAACCUUGUGCUGUGUUUUCUUUUUGUCUUACUUGAGGAGGCCACAGCUAGUAGCUUCUGUGAUCGAGUCCAUCCGGGCUGGCAUGUUCUUGGGGUGUUCUAUAAUUUCUUGCUGGAGUGACUGCUUUCUGAUGCAUCGAGCAUGCCCGGCACUAGCCGUGGAGGUCCCCGACUGACGUUUGUUUGCCAAGUUGGCCAAGCACCAGUGGCGCUUUUGCACCUAGUAAUGGCUUUGUUUGUAGUGUUCAGUUUGGAGCUGUCAUCUUGCAUGCAUUCCUCUGGUUGCCCCCUGACAAAAGGCACUUGGAACAGUACAGUCACUGCAGCCCACAUUUUGUCGACGAGGAGAAUAGCAGAUCUCCUUGUCAUGAGCCGGCUCUGGCAUGGAAAUGCCAAGCUGUGUGAGGUGUCCUCAAGCUUUUUCCAGCGGUCACGUGUUGGCACUUGCAUACUUAAGUGUUUCCUGUAAUUUGGGGUGGACGCAUUCCCUGGGACGUUGCUUCUGUGAAGCCAACGCUGACAGUGACAUGUGGAUGUGUGCGUGCGAAGAAAAAAAGUCAAGCACGAGUUGCUUCCAGCGACGGGAAGACGGUACAGCAAGUGCGUGUCAAUCUUCGCCAGCGAUGCCGGACUGUGACCAUGCUUGUCGAGCGCUGCGCGCAUUUUGUGUGUGCAAUGCCGUUGCCAUGUGAUAUGUAUGUUGUCGCACCAGGCAAAUGGCCCACGUGGAUUUUAAAGCGAGACUUCCACUUGAGGAUGGGCCAGUGUUAAAGGGGGUAAUAAUGGCUUUGGUGCCCUGGCUUGGGCGCUGUAUAUAGGAACCUGUAGAUACAAAAACAGUGAGAGUUUUAUAUUUUUGGAGCAGGAAUAGCGUCUGGCUAUCCUCUUCACACGUGGAAAAGCAAGAGAAAAAAGAAAAAAAAACACGACCUCAAUUUGUAUACCUGACACUGUGCGUCAACACUAGUUUUGAGUUCUCUGUGUGGGCAAUUAGCGUUGUGUAAGCAACAAAACGGACUCACCCCCGUUUUUCUCUUUGUCACUAAUUUUUCUAGAUCACCUGUACAUGUCAAGACCCUGAAACUAGAAAAAAAAAUUGCUGUUUUAUUUUAUACAUAUAUAUAAAUAUAUAAAAUUAUAAAUAUGAAGAUAUGAAAAGUAUAUAUAUAUAUAUAUACAUAGCUAUGUAAGUGUUUUCUACAAUGCUUUGGUUUCAAGCCCGAGGCAAGCUUUACCAUCGUCAGUCUGUGUCUCGUGCCGCAGUUCGGGGCACUUUUGUAUAGAUAACGAAUAAAGAGAUGGCUUAACAAGCA